GGCGCCGUCGCCUAGAGAGGAGCCUCGGGCGCCUCGCGCGGCUGCGGGACCCGUGGCCGGCGCGACCCGGCGCGGCGCGGAUGGCCCUGCUCCUCCUGCUCCUCCUGACGGCCGCCGUCGGGGGCCAGGAGGAGGCCCAGACCACCGACUGGAGGGCCACCCUCAAGACCAUCCGGAACGGCGUCCACAAGAUCGACACCUACCUGAACGCCGCGCUGGACCUGCUGGGGGGCGAGGACGGGCUGUGCCAGUACAAGUGCCGCGACGGAUCUAAGCCUGUUCCACGUUACGGUUAUAAACCCUCCCCACCGAAUGGAUGUGGCUCUCCACUGUUUGGUGUUCAUCUUAACAUCGGCAUCCCUUCCCUGACGAAGUGCUGCAACCAGCACGACAGGUGCUACGAGACCUGUGGCAAAAGCAAGAACGACUGUGACGAGGAGUUCCAGUAUUGCCUCUCCAAGAUCUGCCGGGAUGUGCAGAGGACACUGGGGCUAGCUCAGCACGUGCAGGCGUGUGAGACAACAGUGGAGCUCCUGUUUGACAGUGUGAUACAUUUAGGCUGUAAGCCGUACCUGGACAGCCAACGCGCCGCGUGUACAUGUCGCUACCAAGAAAAAACUGAUCUUUAAAGAAGAUGCUGACAGGUGGUGAUAGCAUGAGCAGCAGACAAGGAUGGAAGAACAUAACCUUUGACAAAGAACUAAGGUUUUUACAGCAUGAAGCUGCCUUAUUUUUGUGAAAGGAUUAUUUUAAGACCUUAUUUUGACAUUCAAACUAAAGAAAAAAAGUGGGGAAGGUUAUCUUCCUGGACAUCGCUCCCUAGUGUGCCCAAUUGUCUUGACCAGUCUCAGAAAGAGGUACAUGUUAAGGGGAGAAUUUUUGAAAGAAAAAGUUGUAACUCAAUUUUCACAACCACAUUUACCAAAAAAAUGAGAUGAAAUGUAAAAUUCAUCAAAAAGUAUGUUCAGCAUUAUUUUAUUUGGAAAUAUGGGGAGAUCUUCACUUAGAAGUAUAUUUGUUUACUAUAAAUUUUAAGUAUACGUUUAUGCCUGGAAGGAUCUGACUUUAUUUUUUUUCUGUUUUAAUUAACACAUAAUGUGCUGUUUUUCUGUAGCCCAUUGAGCAUAUGAAUGUCACACUUCUUUAAUGACAGGACCAGUUAGGAGGACAAGGUUUCCAUGUCUGUUUCUCUUGUAAAAUUGGAACCCUCAGCUGGUGACCUCUUAGGGAGCAAAACCAGGAUAUCUAGGUAUUACAUAAAUACCUGUACAAAAUUUGGAAGCACAACCACUCCCAUUUUAAGUUUUUACAGGCAGAACUGGGAAGAAGGAAAAUAUGUUCUGGAGAAGGGGCCAUAUUCCUAACUUGGAACAUCUGUCAUUGCUGAGAACCCAGUAGCUCCCCAACUGAGAUGGUGGCAGCUGUUCUGCUAAGAGACACGUCCUCGGUUAGACAAGGCGAGUGUAACCCUCAUGGCAAAGUGACCAAACUCUCCUCCAAUUUAAUGGUUGGAACCCUUAAUUGAUGUUUUUCAGACUUUUAAAAAGGUACAGUUUUAUAAGCCAUUAUCAAUAUUUAAUCUUCUUCCACGUUUACUAUUGAAAUACCUGACUUAUAAUAAAUUAAAGAAAUUAAUAAACUAAAGGUGUAACAAUAAAUUCAUGGAUUUUCUUGGCAGCAUUGACUUUCUCAAGAAGACAAGCUCAAAAUGUCUUUGUAAAAUAUUUAAUUCAUGGUCAUAAAUUAUAUACAAAAAAUCAGUAGAAGCUGUUUUUAUAUGUUAACAUGUUUGUUUUUUUAACCUGUUACCUCGGAAUCAUGUUAGAUUUGCAGAGUGCCCGCCCGGUGGCGCAAGUGGUUAAGUGCACACACUCCGCUGCGGCGGCCCAGGGUUCGCCAGUCCCGAUUCCGGGCGCGCACCGAUGCACUGCUUGGCAAGCCAUGCUGUGGUGGCGUCCCAUAUAAAGUGGAGGAAGAUGGGCACAGAUGUUAGCCCGGGGCCAGUCGUCCUCAGCGAAAAAAAGAGGAUUGGCAGAUGUUAGCACAGGGCUGAUCUCCUCACAAUAAAUAAAUAAAUAAAUAAAAGGUUAAGCAUUAAAAAAAAAAAA